UCAAGCAAUGGAGAUGAUGCUCCAGCCCCAGAGCCUUAUUUGCUCCCUGAGCGACCAAGUGGUCGUGAUCCGUCCAGCCUUUGUGGGCAACGGCCCUGCUCAGGCUUUGUUGAGGACUAGUAGAUGUGCUAGAAGCAGGCUUAUUCGAUGCCCAGUAGCAAGUUCAGAUCGUCCUAAUAGGAAAUCAAGGAGAAUGGUGUAUCCUAAGAUAAAAGUCAAUGCUUUUAGAGGCUAUGCUCCAAAAGUUACCAUUCAAACAAGCACGAAGAAGAGUGAACACCAUGAUUGUGAUGAAGAAACUAUUGGUACAUACAAUAGGCAGUUAGGUUGGACUGAUGUGGUAGAGUCAACAAGUGGCACAGGUGGAGAAACUGCCAAAGAGGAUCUGCUUCAUAAUGCUUCAAGCUAUCCAGUAUUUAGGGAAAUAGAAGAAGUUAGGUUGGACUUGUUUGAGGCAGAACUUCCAGGAAAUGCAUUAAUUGAUAUAUCAUUAGGGGAGCUAGAAGUAGUGGAUGAAGCUGAGGUCGAAGAGGAUAAAUUUGAGGUGGAUUUCUCAGGAAUCGCAUUGAGCAGUGCUGCAGUUUGGGAAUUGGAUUCAAAGGAUGAAGCUAACGAUAAAGAAGACAUAUUUGUAGUAGAUUUGUCAAGAAUUGCAUCAGAUAGUGCUGCAGUGGGGGAAGUGGUAGAUGAAGCUGAGGCUAUACAUGAGACAUUUAAUGUGGAUUCAUCAGGCAGUGCUUCAAGCAGUGGAACAUAUGGGGAUGUGGAUGAGGUUGGUGAACCCCCUUCAACAUCCAUGGAGGACAAUGCCAUUGAUUCACCUGAAAAUUCAAAGAGCGUACAUCAACGACACAAUUUAGUUUUUGAUAUUGACAAGGAAGAAGGAUUAACUAUUGAUUCCUGUGUAAAAGACCAGCCAGUUGAAGAUUACCAUAAGCAAGGGGGAAAUGUUGCUUAUUUUGAUAAACAAAAGCAAUUGACUUACGGAUUCCGUGAACAAGACCUAUCUAUUGUUCAAUUUCCUGGGCAAAACCACGCCAUUUUUGGUUUCCCAAAACAAGAUAUUAGUUUCUUGGAGCAAAAACAAGCAAUUGUUGGCUCCUAUAAACAAGAUCAAACAAUUGUUAGUUUGCAUGAACAAGACCGAUCUUUUGAUGGUUCUCAUUGUCAAGAUGAAUCAAUUGUAGGCGUGCCUGAGCCAAUCCAAUGCAUUGUUGGCUACAAUAAAUCAGAUCAAUCUAUUGUUGGUUCGUAUAGAGGAGAUAAAUCAAUUGUUGGUGGGUCUAAGAAAAUCCAGUCCACUGUCGGCUACUAUGAAUCAGACGAAUCUAAUAUUGUUUCUCACAAACAGGAUGAUUCAAUUACCGGUGUUCCUGUACAAAUCCAAUCCAUCAUUGAUUACAGUACAUCUGAUCAAUCUAUUGAUGAUUUGCCCAAACAGCACCAGUCAAUUGUUCAUAUCCCUGAACAAAAACAAUGCAUAGUUGGUUUCCAUAUACAAGAUUUACCAAUUGUUGGCAACUCCAAAGAGUCCCAAACAAUGCAACAUGCAAUUGUUCGGACUCAUGAUGCAUUGCUUAACAAGGAGGAACAUUUUGAGAUGAUUGAAGAGCAGAAAAGCAUUAAAGUGGAUGAAGAACAGUGGAUUGCUACAAAGGAAAGGAUCUCUGUGAACGCGGCUGAAUUUCUUCUUCUGCUUUCUAAAAAGGAGAGUUCAUGGGCUGAAGAUGGAGUGCGGAUAACUGAGGAUGAAGAACAAUAUAAAGUUGAUGAGACAUCUAUGUUUGCUGAACAAGAUAUCCAGGACUUACCUCACGAUAACGUGGAUCCACAGGCACUACAGAGGACGCUUCAAGAACUUGCCCACAAAAAUUAUUCGCUGGGAAGCAAGCUUUUUGCUUUUCCGGAGGCAUUGAAAGCUGAUUCAACUAUUGACCUCUAUUUCAAUCGUGAUUUAUCAACUUUGGCCAAUGAGCCUGACAUACUCAUCAAAGGAGCAUUCAAUGGGUGGAAGUGGAGGUUUUUCACUGAAAAAUUGCACAUGAGCGAACUGGGAGGGGACUGGUGGUGUUGCAAACUGUACAUUCCCAAGCAGGCGUAUAGAUUAGAUUUUGUGUUCUUUAAUGGCCGCACGGUAUAUGAAAAUGAUGGCAAUAACGAUUUUAUGAUACAAAUAGAAAGCACCAUGGAUGAACAUCUGUUUGAGGGUUUCUUGGCUGAAGAAAAGCAAAGAGAACUUGAGAGACUUGCCAUUGAAGAAGCUGAAAGGAUGAGACAAGCUGAAGAGCAGCGACGAAGGGCAGAAGAAAGGGCAGAAGAUGAAGCUGACAUGGCACAAGCGAAGGCUGAGAGAAGGGCAAAACUGAAAGCUGAGAUGAAGAAAAAGACUAUGAAAAUGUUUCUGGUUUCUCAAAAACACAUUGUUUAUACUGAACCACUUGAAAUACAUGCCGGAACCACUGUUGAUGUGCUUUACAAUCCUUCUAAUACGGUGCUAACUGGAAAGCCGGAGGUUUGGUUUCAAUGUUCCUUUAACCGUUGGAUGCAUCCAGGUGGUGUGUUGCCACCUCAGAAGAUGGUAAAAGCAGGAAAUGGUGCACACUUAAAAGCAACAGUUAACGUGCCACGAGAUGCCUUUAUGAUGGAUUUUGUUUUCUCGGAGUUAGAAGGAGAUGGAAUUUAUGACAACAGGAAUGGGUUGGACUAUCAUAUUCCUGUUUUUGGUUCUGUUGCAAAGGAGCCUCCUAUGCACAUAGUCCACAUUGCUGUUGAGAUGGCUCCCAUUGCAAAGGUUGGAGGUCUUGCUGAUGUUGUUACUAGUCUUUCACGUGCUGUCCAGGAUUUAGGACACAAUGUUGAGGUUAUUCUUCCAAAGCACGACUGCUUGAAUCUAAGCAAUGUGAAGAAUUUACACGUGCAUCAAAGUUUUUCUUUUGGCGGUUCUGAAAUAAAAGUAUGGCGUGGACUGGUUGAAGACCUCUGUGUUUACUUCUUGGAACCUAAAAACGGGAUAUUUGGAGUUGGAUGUGUAUAUGGAAGGAAUGAUGACCGUCGAUUUGGCUUCUUCUGUCAUUCUGCUCUAGAGUUUCUCCUCCAGAGUGGAUCUUCUCCACAUAUACUACAUUGCCAUGAUUGGUCAAGUGCUCCUGUUGCCUGGCUAUACAAGGAAAACUAUGCACAGUCCAGUUUGGCAAAUGCAGGGGUUGUAUUUACCAUCCAUAAUCUUGAAUUUGGAGCACAUUAUAUUGGGAAAGCAAUGCGAUAUUGUGAUAAAGCCACAACUGUUUCUAAUUCGUACUCAAGGGAAGUGUCAGGUCAUGGCGCCAUUGCUCCUCAUCUUGGAAAAUUCUAUGGUAUUCUCAACGGGAUUGAUCCAGAUAUUUGGGAUCCGUACAGCGACAACUUUAUCCCAGUCCAUUAUACUUCUGAGAAUGUUGUUGAAGGCAAGAGCGCUGCAAAGAAGGCCUUGCAACAGAAGCUUGGGUUACAGGAAAUCGAUGUGCCCAUCGUUGGAAUAGUCACUCGCUUGACAGCCCAGAAGGGAAUACACCUCAUCAAGCAUGCGAUUCAUCGAACACUUGAAUGGAACGGACAGGUGGUUUUGCUCGGUGCGGCCCCAGACCCUCGAAUCCAAGGUGAUUUUGUUAACUUUGCAAAUGUUCUCCAUGGAGUAAACAAUGGCCGAGUGAGACUCUGUUUAACCUAUGAUGAACCUCUCUCACAUCUGAUAUACGCCGGCUCUGAUUUCAUUCUGGUUCCGUCUAUGUUUGAGCCUUGUGGGUUAACUCAGCUGGUUGCUAUGCGUUAUGGAGCCAUCCCUAUUGUCCGGAAAACUGGAGGUCUUCACGACACUGUCUUUGACGUGGACACUGACAAGGAACGGGCCCGGGCACGAGGCCUUGAGCCGAAUGGGUUCAGCUUCGACGGAGCUGACAGCCGCGGUGUUGACUACGCCCUUAACAGGGCGAUCUCCGCUUGGUUUGACGCCCGGAGCUGGUUCCACUCCCUAUGCAAGAGGGUCAUGGAGCAAGACUGGUCGUGGAACCGGCCUGCUCUGGACUACAUCGAGCUCUACCAUUCGGCGUCCAAAUUUUGAGAAACUAACUAAUGAUGCCUGUUGUCGGAUGCAACCAUCCAGGUUUUGCAGGCUCCUGGGUUGGGCAUUGCUGUACAGAAACACCGCCCACCCAAGAGAGGCAGACAUAGUUUGUUUGAGAAUAAUGGUCCUUCGAGCAUGUAUAUGUUUGUUUCCUCCACUUCAACCCUCUACUCUUUCCUAGUACCUAAGCCCUUUGAGAAGUCUUCCAGGGCCUCCCAUGUGGCAGUCCUUCAGAAGCAUGA